GCGGGGAGCAAUCCCAGAAACACAAAAAUAGCACACAAACAAGCACUUAAUACGAAACUUAGAUUUCCGCCUGAAUCUUGGAUUUAACGCUGGACUUUUUGACGUGCACUUAAACGAUAAAGGCUCGAAGGAUGCCUGCUCCGUGUUAUUCCUUUUCUGCCAUGUCUCUGCCGCCACCUAUUCUAGAAGAACCCCCAGCUCCACCAGACUUCUGGGAUGUAGAGUGUGCUGAUCUUUCCCAAAGAUGUUCCAGUCUUCCCAACUCGGACUGCGAAUCACUCACCAGUAGCAACUCCUUUUCAGAAUGUGAUUUCGAUGGCGUGGAUAAUGACUGCACAGAUAACAUUUCAUUGUCCGACCCUGAUCUUCUGAGUGAUCCUGAAGGGGAACAGCUGUGCCCUAGUCUUCUGAAGCUAAUAAAGCGCUGUCUGUCCAAAGCUAGAAUCAGCUCCUUAAGGUGCGCAAGACUUCUUCCUCCUGAUGACCUUCUUGAUAAUUUGGGACAUGAGCUCCUGCACCUGGCGUACAGUGAGCCCUGUGGACUUAGGGGUGCACUUAUUGAUUUGUGUGUAGAACAUGGCAAGACAUGCCACAGCGUGGCACAGAUCACAGCGGAUCAAGCAGUAAUACCUACUUUCCAGUUGACUGUAUUGUUGCGUCUGGAUUCCAGACUGUGGCCUAGAAUUCAAGGUCUGUUCAGCACUAAACCAGUCCCUGGUUCCGGACAGUCUCUAAAACUCAGUCCAGGAUUCAAGGUUCUUAAAAAGAAACUGUACAGUUCCGAAGAAUUAAUUAUUGAAGAAUGCUAAUUUGAAUGAAUUAAGUUGACUCUGUAACUUGGUACUUUUGAAGGGUAGCAGGGGUUUAUUUUAUAAAAAGAGUGGGACUUUUUUAAUACAAGUUGACUUUUAUGGAUUUUUUUUCUUGUGUGACUACUGGUCUCUUGCUGGAGUCUCUUGAUGUGCUUCAAGUCAACUCUAGCUCUUAAAAUUGGUCUUUAAAAGCCAUGUGGAUCGACAAAGCCACAUGGCGCUUAAAGGUUGAUGGGGAAACACAUUUUUUGUUUUAUUUAAGGGAUUCGGUAUCACUCAGAUUUUCUGCAACGUGUACCAUUGCAGGAAAUAUGCACAAACUAUUGCCAUGUAGUAUUAAAAGUGCACUAGUAAUGGGUUUUGUAAUGUCUGUUUGCAGCUGGUCUGCACUAUAAGGUGUUUGCCUCUCUACCUCUUAUAGAGGGCAAAAAAUUGUAAGUUUGCCUUGUUUUGGGAACAUUUGAUAUUACUACUGAUGCUAUGGCAGCUAUUUGUUUGUUUUUAUUGUGGCACUCGGCCAUUUAUUCUAGAAAGCACUACCAUUUAUAUCAAUAUACUGAAUUACAGUGAUAAACUUGAUGUUCAAGUUGGAAUUUUCACAAUGUGCCUUUUUUACUUUUCUAAUAAACGGUUAACCGUA